GUCUUCAGGACGCCCGAUGUCAAAUCAGGAUUUGCUUUCUCCUUUUGCUGGCGAGAGAGCCUUUCAUUCCGGUGAUAUUAAAAGAAGACAGUCCUCCCUUUAUGCCUAGAACAGUUUAGUGCUUUACCAUGGCUGCCAAUGCCAGUCCUAACGCAGAUGGAUUUUGCGUGGAAGAAAACAAAGAUAAUGUGUAUGAAACAGUCCUUGGUGAGAUUAAGUACUUGGAGCUGCCCCUGGGAAUCACUUUAGGGUCUGUCUAUGACGAUCAACCAAAUGCACACCAGAAGUUUAUUGAAAAACUAGAUGCGUGCAUACGCAAUCAUGACAGGGAGAUUGAAAAGAUGUGCAAUUUUCACCAUCAAGGUUUUGUGGAUGCUAUUACAGAACUGCUUAAAGUGAGGGCUGAUGCCGAAAAAUUAAAGGUCCAAGUUACUGAUACCAACCGAAGGCUUCAGGAUGCUGGGAAAGAGGUGAUAGCUCAAACGGAAGAUAUCAUCCAGUCUAGAAUUCAGCAACGAAAUAUUACAACUGUGGUUGAGAAGCUUCAGUUGUGUCUCCCAGUACUGGAGAUGUACAGCAAAUUAAAAGAGCAGAUGAAUGUAAAAAGAUAUUAUUCCGCUUUAAAAACUAUGGAACAGCUAGAAAAUAUAUACUUCCCUAGGGUUAGUCAGUACCGGUUUUGUCAGUUAAUGAUUGAAAACCUUCCAAAACUUCGUGAGGAAAUUAAAGAAAUUUCCAUGUCGGAUCUUAAGGACUUUUUGGAAAGUAUUCGGAAGCAUUCAGAUAAAAUUGGUGAAACAGCAAUGAAACAGGCACAGCAGCAAAAAGCUUUUAAUACUGUUCUCCAGAAGCAAAACAAUGUCCGUUAUGGGAAGAAUAAGUAUAUAAAUGAUGGAAUUCCAGAACCAAGGAAUGAAAUUGUUUCAAAGCAAAACCUUGCUGUGGAGGAUGAGGAAGAGGAGGAAGGACAUGAAGAUGAGGUUUUGACAGCUCAUGACCUCGUAGAUUUCUCUCCUGUUUAUAGGUGCUUGCACAUUUAUUCAGUACUGGGUGAUGCAGAGACAUUUGAAAACUACUAUAGAAAACAGAGAAGGAAACAAGCAAGACUAGUGUUACAACCACAGUCAAACAUGCAUGAAACAGUGGAAGGAUACAGGAGAUACUUCAGUCAAAUUGUAGGUUUUUUUGUAGUAGAAGAUCACAUUUUACAUGUAACUCAAGGACUGAUAACCAGAGCGUACACUGACGAACUUUGGAACAUGGCACUUUCAAAGAUUAUUGCUGUCCUCAGAACUCAUUCGUCAUAUUGCACUGAUCCUGAUCUUGUUCUUGAACUGAAGAAUCUGAUAGUUGUGUUUGCUGAUACUUUACAGGGUUAUGGCUUCCCUGUGAACCGACUAUUUGAUCUUUUAUUUGAAAUAAGAGACCAAUACAAUGAGACACUGCUUAAAAAGUGGGCUGUGUUGUUCAGGGAUAUUUUUGAAGCAGAUAAUUACAGUCCAAUUCCUGUAACAAAUGAAGAAGAAUACAAAAAUGUAAUAAGCAAAUUUCCCUAUCAAGAUCCAGAACUCGAUAAGCAGUGUUUUCCAAAGAAACUUCCAAUGUCUCAGUCAGUGCCUCAGAUCUAUAUCCAGGUUAAGGAAUUCAUUUAUGCAAGCCUUAAAUUUUCAGAGUCACUUCAUCGCAGUUCAACAGAAAUAGAUGACAUGCUUCGAAAAUCUACAAAUUUGCUGCUGACUAGAACUUUAAGCAGUUGUUUACAAAACCUCAUCAAAAAGCCACACAUAGGUUUGACAGAGCUGGUGCAAAUAAUCAUAAACACAACACAUUUGGAACAGGCAUGUAAAUACCUUGAAGACUUCAUAACUAAUAUUACAAAUAUUUCCCAAGAGACUCUUCAUACUGCAAGACUAUAUGGUCUUUCAACAUUUAAGGAUGCAAGGCAUGCUGCGGAAGGAGAGAUUUAUACCAAACUUAACCAAAAGAUUGAUGAAUUCAUCCAGCUUGCUGAUUAUGACUGGACCAUGGUUGAGCCAGAUGGGAGAGCCAGCGGCUAUUUAAUGGAUCUCAUUAAUUUCUUAAGAAGCACCUUUCAGGUUUUUACUCACUUGCCUAAUAACAACAAUGACCAUGCUGCCAUGUCGGGGAAAGUAGCCCAGACUGCUUGUAUGUCAGCCUGCCAGCACUUGUCAACUACCCUGAUGCAGAUGCUAUUGGAUAAUGAAUUAAAACAAAUAAGCAUGGGAGCCAUCCAGCAGUUUAAUCUAGAUGUGAUACAGUGUGAAUUAUUUGCUGGUUCUGAACCUGUACCUGGAUUCCAUGGAGAAACCCUACAGUUAGCAUUCAUUGACCUCAGACAACUCCUGGAUCUCUUCAUGGUGUGGGACUGGUCGACUUACCUGGCCGACUAUGGGCAACCGGGCUCCAAGUAUCUGCGGGUCAACCCCAGUAUCGCCUUGGCCCUCCUCGAGAAAGUCCACCGAGGCAUGAAGGACCUGAGCAAGAAGAACAACCUCUUCGCCCAGUUCCGCAAAAACGACCGGGACAAGCAGAGGCUCAUCGAGACCGUGGUGCGGCAGCUCCGGGGCCUGGUUAACGGCAUGUCCCAGCACUCCUGAGACCCGACAGUGAAUUCCUUCCCACUUUCCGACCACUCUUAGAGAAAAAAGAUCCCCUUCCCCGCUGUAUAUGAUUUGUAUAUUGUUAGCCUUCCUGCAGGUGAGGCUUGUUUUGGUCGUGGCCGUCGCCCCUCUCCUUCCCUUGCUCACACUCACCUGUGAGUUGGACCCCUUCGCUUUCCGAGGAGAGGCCAGGCCAAGUGAGAAGGCGGAAAGCAAAGCAAAACAAGCCCUCUUUCCCUGCACUGGAGCCCCCUUCUUCGAAUGUAAACAAGGAACCCGAACUGAGGGAUGUGCGUCAAGAAUUUACCUCAUGUACCCCGGAAUACAGUGAUGUCAAACCUUA